GAAAUCGUCUAAAUAGUUGACCAACAGAAUCCCUUGAGUACGCAGGUUUUCCAGGACGGGUCGCAUUAUUUUUGUGAAACAGUACGGUGCUGACGAGAGACCAAAUGAACCAGAACCUGAGCCUUGUAAGCCAACCUGUGGAGGAGAAUGUAAUCGGCGACCACCACAGGGAGACGAAUGUUGUCCACCAUGUGAUGAAAACCAGCAGCAAAUGAUGGCUCCUCCAACUAAUACUGGUCAACGCGUUCCAAAUUGUCCUCAAGACUUCAACACAGACAUGUACAGCCAAGGCUUCCCCGGAACACCAUGCCCACCCCAGCAGAUCCAGCAAACGUCCAGUAUGCCUGCACCUCCCAGAAUGUCUGGAGCUCACGCGAUGACACCUAGAGGUUCCUGUGGAGGAGGGGUACCAGCCCAGUGGGAAUUGACCUUCCAGCAGCAACCCCAACAGCAAGCCGGUCCAAGGAGGCCAAGUCUCUCACUACCGCAACCUAGAAGGACAAGCAUCCAAGGGGGAAGCCAAAGAAGGGCUAGUGUUCAAGGUCAAGAUUCUCACAGCGGAGGAAAGAAGAAGGGAGGAGGGUGCUGUGGAAAUACUGGAAAGAGGCCUGAGGGCGGAUGUGGAGGUUGUUGUUAGAACGAGGCAUGGAUACUUCAGUUGAAGAAAGAGGCAUGUGUUAUCAGUUUCUUCGAUGUUAACGUUAACUGUGCGAUCAAGUGUCAAUAAAAAUGAACAUGAAAAUGAGAAUA